CUCAAGUGAAACUUGUGUAGAAGCAAGUGAGGACUAGGCACCGGUUCCGAGGCCGGGCAGCUCUUCUCGCGCAGGACAUCGUGGUCAGAGGAGGCUAAAGGAAAACAGAAAGAAGCAAGCCAUGGACCCCCAGAAGUAUCUUCCGAGCUCGCAUCAUGACUCUCCUUAUUGGACGACAAAUUCUGGCGCACCGGUGUGGAACAACAACUCCUCCCUCACGGUCGGACAGAGAGGUCCUAUCCUGUUGGAGGACUACCAUCUCGUGGAGAAGCUUGCCCAGUUUGACAGGGAGCGCAUCCCCGAGCGCGUCGUUCACGCUCGCGGAGCAAGUGCGAAGGGCUUUUUCGAGGUGACCCAUGACAUCUCGCAGCUCACCUGCGCUGACUGCUUGCGCUCACCCGGGGUGCAGACCCCAGUGAUCGUGCGCUUCUCGACCGUGAUCCAUGAGCGGGGCUCGCCAGAGACCCUGAGGGACCCUCGCGGCUUUGCGGUGAAGUUCUACACCCGGGAAGGAAACUGGGACCUGGUCGGCAACAACUUCCCGGUGUUCUUCAUCCGUGACGGCAUCAAGUUCCCCGACAUGGUCCACGCGCUGAAGCCCAACCCCAAGAACCACCUCCAGGAGGACUGGCGCAUCGCCGACUUCUUCUCCCACAUCCCAGAGUCCAUGCACAUGUUCACCUUCCUGCAAGACGACAUUGGCAUCCCUGCCAACUACCGUCACAUGGAGGGCUUUGGCGUGCACACCUACACGCUGAUCAAUAAGGAGGGCCGCGUCACCUAUGUCAAGUUCCACUGGCAGCCCACCUGCGGGGUGAAGAACCUGUUGGAGGAUGAGGCGGUGGUGGUGGGCGGCAGCAACCACAGCCAUGCUACACAGGACCUGUACGACUCCAUCGCGGCUGGCGACUACCCCGAGUGGAAGCUGCUCAUCCAGACGAUGGACCCCAAGGACGAGGACAAGUUUGACUUUGACCCGCUGGACGUGACCAAGAUCUGGCCGGAGCACCUGUUCCCGCUGCAGCCCGUCGGCCGCAUGGUCCUCAACAAGAACCCCGACAACUUCUUCAAUGAGAACGAGCAGCUGGCCUUCUGCCCCUCCCUCGUUGUGCCAGGCAUCGGCUACUCGGACGACAAGCUGCUGCAGACGCGCAUCUUCUCGUACGCGGACACGCAGCGCCACCGCCUGGGCCCCAACUACCUGCUCCUGCCCGCCAACGCGCCCAAGGGCCCCCACCACAACAACCACCAUGACGGCUUCAUGAACUUCACCCACCGUGACGAGGAGGUGAACUACUUCCCGUCGCGCUUUGAUCCGGUGCGCCACGCGGAGAGGCACCCCAUCAACAACACGUUUGUGUCGGGGCAGCGCGAGAAGCGCAUCAUCCAGAAGGAGAACAACUUCAAGCAGCCGGGCGACCGCUUCCGCAGCUUUGACCCGGCCCGCCGCGAGCGCUUUGUCAACCGCAUUGCUGGCAUGCUCUCCGACCCCAAGUGCACCCAGGAGGUGCGCCGCGUGUGGAUCGGUUACCUGUCGCAGUGCGAUGCCAGCCUGGGCCAGAAGGUGGCGGCCAAGCUGCAGUCCAACGGCGCCUUCUAAGGCAGCCGCGGCCCCAGGGGGGUUCUUUCUACGGGUCUUUAGAGGACCCCGCCUCCAAGAGCACAAGCCAGGCGCUGCAAGAUCACAUUUCCGUGAAGUUGCGCAGGCAAUUUUGGCUCCAGUUUUCUGUGUACCCUCUUAGCUUCUGUCGUGUGGAAACGCAUUGCAACCGCAAGGACGGCGUGUGUGUGCAGCACCAAAAUUUUGCGUAGUGGUGUUUGGUGAGCUGCAAUAGUGUCUGUUUCACCUGCCGAAUACGCAUGCCAGUGGCUAGGACGCUCAUGUGUGCUGUCUCGGAUGUACCAGUUUCCUUGGUGUGACAGGUUCUAGGGAUCUUAGGGGAAUUGCUAGCUUAAGGCCACAGCGCCUAAGUCAAGAGCCGUGUUAGGAGAGCUGUGUUAGGAAAGCGCUGGUGUUGCUCAUCAUCGGAAUAUUGUCUAGGCUGUCAUCGGAUCAUUCUAAUGAGCGCAGGUCAUGAUUAUGUACGCAUGCAUGUGGACUAAGAAUAUACGGAAGUGUAAGCUCGGGCUGAUCGUCGAUC